CGCCGGCCCUGCUGCUGGUGCACCUGCCCCACGCUGCCGGUUCUAGCCUCAUGGCCCCCAAGGAGGUGCUGAUAAGCAAUGAUGAGCUCAUCGGACAGGUGCUCAGCGCCCUGAAGGAGGAGGAUGUGCCCUACACGGCGCUGCUGACAGCCGGAGCCCCCUCACGGGUUCUCCGGGACGUCUCUGGGGUGGCCCCUGGGCGGGUGGGCCGCCAGCUGCUGCAGAAGCCGACCCCAGCACCAGCGCAGCACCCCCCGGUGCGGUACCCCCUGACCGGUGAGCCCCAGAUCCUCUUCUGGGCCCAGAACUUUUCUGUGGUCCAGGGCAGCAAGUGGGUCGACCUGACGCCCCAGACAUUUGGGGCCGAGGCCUCCGUUGAUGUGAGCGGCUCGUCCUGGAGCUCCAAUGAGUCCCGGCUGGUGCUGAAGUAUGCGAAUGUUCUGGGAUCCCCUCUGACAGCCACGUUCCACAUGACCAGCUGGCGGUUUCCUGUCUCGGGCCGGUACUGGUUCCAGCUGAGCCGCCUGGAGCUGGCGACCCCCUCGGCCAGCCCCACUGUGUUCAACGCCUCGCAGGUGACGGCCCCCAGCAACUACUCCUGGCGCUGCGCCUACCUCAGCAGCCUGCCGGGCUAUGGGGCUGGCCUCCUCCCCCAUGGCGCCGGCCCCAGCCCCACCUGGGGGGUGCUGCUCCAGGACGUGCAGCUGCAGGGGUUCAACGUGUCGGGCCUGCAGUUCUCCUACGCCAGUGACUGCGCCGGCUUCUUCGCGCCGGGCACCUGGAUGGGGCUGCUCACGGCCCUGCUGCUCGGCGCCAUCUUCGCCUGUGGCCUCCACGUGCUGCUGGCCCUCAAGACCAUGGACCGGUUCGAUGACCCCAAGGGGGCCACCAUCGCUGUGCCCCAGGGCGAGUAGGGCGGGGCUGGGUCCUGCCCCCGCCCCCCCCCCCACAGCUGGGAAACCCUGGGUCUGCAGUGGGGCCUCACCUGUGCCCCCUCCGGCGGGGAUCCCCCAGGCUCUGUACCCCCUUCUCCCUCCGAUGCCCAGCCCUGGGUCUUCCCCCUCCCUCCCGGGGGGGAUCCCCCAGGCUCUGUACCCCCUUCUCUUCCCCCCCUUCGGCGGGGAUCCCCCAGGCUCUGUACCCCCUUCUCCCUCCGAUGCCCAGCCCUGGGUCUUCCCCCUCCCUCCCGGGGGGGAUCCCCCAGGCUCUGUA